AUGGAAGAAGACACCAACUCCCAAUUGUUUGCGGCCCAAUCGGUGCGGAAAACAGGAAGAAUGCUUCGCAAGCUGCGGAGCCAGAUCAGGAUGUGCUGGAGGGAGUUCCUCAUGAGGUGUUGGACGCACAUCAGUCAAGACGGCCUGCCCUGCGAGAGCGUGUCCUCUUAUUAUGCACCACUUGCUGGUCUUAAAGGACAAGCUUUAAAGACAAAGCUGCACGAUAUUGUGGCAAAAGAUGCACGGUCCUUUUCAUACGCCCAGGUAUGGGACGCACUCUAUAUCCUUGAUGCAGCGGAUACGGCUAAUCCUACAGCUUCCCCGGAUGUCAUUGACAUCUACAGCAAGAGGACAUUUCCAAAAUUGGCAAAAGGCCUUCCGACGGGAUGGAACAGGGAACACUUAUGGCCUCGCUCGUAUGGCCUGCCGGAUGGAACGCCCCAGUUCACCGACCUCCACAACCUACGGCCCGCAGACACCAACGUCAACUCUUCCCGUGGCAACAAGGCCUUUGGCGAAUGUAGCCGCGAGACGGACGCCACCUGCUUGAUUCCGGCCAACAGGGAAGCCGGAAGCGACACUGCCGCUAACCGGGAGAUCUGGACUCCUCCCGGAGAGGUUCGCGGCGACAUUGCCCGCGCUCUUUUCUACAUGGCCGUGCGAUACGAGGGCGAGACUCCCGGGUCUAAGGACCUGGAGCUGUCAGACGAGCCGAGCAUAGAGCGGGGUCAAAUGGGCCGCUUGUCGACACUUCUGAAGUGGCACGCCGCCGAUCCGCCGUCGGCGUCCGAACGCCUUCGGAACGACCGUGUGUGCACCAUGUACCAAAAGAAUCGGAACCCGUUUGUGGAUCGGCCGGAGCUCGUUGCCGCGAUCUGGGGAACGGGUCCGCCGCCAACUAACGGAGGCAGCUCAGAGCCGCGGCUUGAGCCCUCCAAACCGCAGACGCCUCCCAAGGUGCCGGCCAGUAACCAGCCCGGCGCUGUGUGGGUGAACGAGUUCCACUACAACAACACCGGCAGGGACGAGGGCGAGUUCAUCGAGAUUCUCGUUGGAGCGAACGUUGACCCGCGAGACGUGGUGGUCUACUUGUACAACGGGGCUGACCGCGGCGUGUAUCGGACGUUGGCAGUUGGGGACGGCUCACUCUUCGAAAAGGGAGAGGUGACGUCAGGCGGCGCGACGUUGUACGUGUGCCAGCUGCCGCCGAACGGUCUGCAGAAUGGGCCAGCGGACGGGAUCGCCGUCACCGUGGGGGGCAGGGUUGUUGACUUUGUCUCCUACGAUGGAACACUCACUGCUGCUUCGGGCCCAGCGGAAGGCUUAACUUCGACGCCGAUUGAGGUUAGAGAAAGCGAGCAAACAGAGAAGGGGAGCUCCGUUGGGCUUGUGGAUGCGGUGAAGAAGCUCUGGCAAGUCUUCAGGCAGGCGACACCAGGGUUACGAAACCAGUAGGCUGGCACUCCUUCCAUUUUGGAAAGGGGAGCUGGUGGUGCCGACAAAUUUUGCUCUGGUCGAAAGUCAACCAUGCACUCUGGCCCCCAAGGACCAAGUGCUGUGUAUGUUGUGUGCUGUGUGUUAUUUAAACACCCGAGUGCUAAAUUACGUAGUGCGUGUGUCUGAGCAUAGAGGUGAGCGCGGCAAUUUGCACAGGCUUGAAAGCAGUACGAUAGUACUAUCAAACGAAUUUUGGCAUUGCAACUACCUAUAUGGUUUCAUGAGCGUGAGUUGAUUUUGUUGUUGAUAAUGUUUAUUUGCCGUCUUG